CCCUUUGACGGAUCGGUCCGACGAAUGGACGCACGCAUGUUACAUACGUAUAGUGCAACUUUACGAUCCGAACGUGAAUCUGUCGCGAUCCGUUUGUGUUUAUUUGCGAUGUGACAUGUUCUGUUUCGUUUCGAAAUUCAGCUGAUUCGCGUCCCGCUCGCUCGCUCGUCGAGACGUCUUCUGGUUUAACCUACAAAGAGUCUGGCGCGAGAAGUUUCGCGUUUGGACGUUUCCCCUAAACUGUACAAUCACGCAGAAGUUAUAGGGCAAUCUCAGCAUCUACGAUGGCGGGAGAACAGCAACAGUUUUUUCUUAAGUGGAAUGAUUUCCAAUCCAACAUGGUAUCAUCCUUCAAACAUCUGCGAGAUGAGAAAAGCUUCACGGAUGUGACAUUGGCUUGCGAUGGUCAAACUUGCAAAGCACAUAAGAUGGUCUUAUCUGCGUGUAGUCCUUACUUUAAGUCCUUAUUAGAGGAAAAUCCGUCCAAACAUCCAAUUAUAAUACUAAAGGAUGUCGCAUACAAUCAUCUUCAGGCAAUUCUAGAAUUUAUGUAUGCUGGUGAGGUAAAUGUUUCUCAAGAUCAGCUACCAGCUUUUCUUAAAACGGCAGAUCGGCUUAAGGUUAAAGGACUAGCUGAAGCACCUGUUAAGAGAGAAGGUUAAACAUAUACACAAUUAAGUACGGUCUUUGGAAAAGCAUAUGGACUGAAAGAAAACAAACACAGUGUAAUAAUGUAAAGUGAUUUUAAGACACAACAUACAUAAUACAGAACACAACAUGCGUACACAAACACAUUACAUAUAAUAAUACAUGUAAAAAAAAAGGAAAACACAGCGUAUGCACGACUCAGUGUUCUCUGGUUCAUGACUUGGAUCAACACAGUGUAAAAUAAUGCCUUUUUCUUAAUCUCAGUUAAUGUUAAUGGUGUUGUACUGGUAAUGUGCGCGUACGUGCAUACGUAUACAUUCGUACAUACAUACCAAGUAGAAGCGAAAUGUUGAUGUUUGUCUUGAACCCAUUAUACGCCACACUGCAGCGGCAACAAUAACACUACAUUGAUUAUUUUUUUAAAACGAAGCGCUGCGAGAGGCGCAAGUAAGUGGGUUGCGAUAGUUUACAUAUACGUGCUGACCGGGGCUGUCUUGGUGGAUCAAGUUGGAAAUAUUGACGACACCUGUUACAACGCCCAUUUUUUCAAGCCGAUCUACCUGACUCACAACAAUCCCCUAUCGGUUCUAUUUGGUAGAUCUAUUCACGAAGUAGCGUUAUCUCAUUUGCGUUUAUCUCGCGUUUAAAUCAUCGCUUGUCAUAAAAAUCACUUAAGAUUCGUAAAGACUAGAAAAAAAAAUAUAAGUCUUUUUGAUAAAUGUCUACAUGCCGCUUUCGCAUUGACCGUUCUUUUUGGACAUUUCACAGAAACAUCACACCGUUAUGUUUCUUUAUUAGGAGAUAAUCGCAGAGGGCAUUAACGAUCCUAUCUCGCACCUAUAGAUUAUUUGUAAAUGCUGAAUGUUGUAUAACAAUAAAUGAAAGUAUUUUAUUAGCGUCUAAUGUAUAUCGGGAAAUUCUGCUUCUAUCGUGGAUAGAUUUGCAAAAAAAAAAACCCCGGCAAAUCUUAUAACAAUGUCAAAUCAAGUUUACUGGAAGUAGUAACGUGCGUGGGUAUAAAAUCAGCAAUAUACUUUUAAUAUCAUUUAAAAGCAACAUUAUGUGUUAGAUACAUACAUGUUACAUACAUUUCAUGUAAGAUGUAAAAAAGAAAAAAUUACAAUACGAAAGAAAUUUAUUAUUUCAAAUUUAUCGCAUCUCGUACGAGUUACCUCUUCUAGUGAUCAUGAUUUUUACUUAACCAAAUACUGCCAGUAUGUGUACCGGCGUAUUCACAAUAUUACCGAUAGACCAAAUUUAUUUAUGAUAAUAAUAUAUUAAGGGUUGAAUGUCUUAAAUCGAGGGAAGGUUAUUGUAAUAUAUAAGCGAAACAAAUUUUUGUAAAGUCGGAGCGCACAGUGUUCCUUUUCCCUCCCGUACAACCAGGAUAUUCGAAAAAAUUUAGAAAGAAAGUCAGGAAACAUUAUCGAGUCAUAAGGACAUAAAAAUCAAUUUGUUUUAAAAGUGACGUUUCAUUUUUUAAAACUGUUGUAAUAUUUAGGUUUUGUGGAUAUAAUAUGUGUGUACAUAUAUAUACACAUACACAUAUAAUAUAUACAGUGUCAUGUAUUUAUUNUUGCUUNUAAAUUUCGAUGUUGCAAAAAUUUUAACUUUUUUGAAGCAAAAACAAGUCCAUGCUCAUAAUUCCUGACUUUGCUGUUAUUGUUUCUUGUAAUUUUACAUAUUAAGAAGUUCUAGAGCGUUUCAAAUAUUCCUUACGAGUUGAUUAUCCUUGUGUCUGUAUGUUUAUAAUUUUUAGCAAGUUUCUCCAACUCUCUUACUUAAAUUGUGUAUCGAAUUCGAAGAGUAAACUUUUUAGAAAUACCGAAUGCCGAUUUAGGAUCGUACGUAUUNACGAACGUUAGUCACAUCCCACAGAGAAUGUUGUGAAUCAUAGCACACAUCUUUUUCUAUCGAUUUCCUUCCGGAAUAUGUUUUUCUGUACGUAAAAACACGAAAACGUCUCGAUAGAUCUUACGAUGUGUAAGAAUGAUUCGCCAAAGAGAGGACUUUAGAAGAAUGUUCCGAAAGCUAUGUUCCAAGUUUGCAUCACAGUAACUGACUAUCGUAAAGAAUNUAAGUUCUGAUAAUCAAUCAAUGGGACCAUUUAAAAGCAAGUGGUAUUUAAGCGGANGUAAGUUAUAGCUUUCGGAAAAAUGUCAAUUUUUUAUGAUAGUUUGAUAACUGAAUAAACGUUUAAUUGAACUGAAAACAGAACCGAUGUGCUAUUUUUUUUUUUGCACUUUAGGUCACUCGUCAUUUCUUACGCCUGUUCCUCCUGUUAUUUUCAUUUUCUUCUUUUUUUCAAUCUUUAAUUAGAACUGUCACUCGAAUAAAUAAAUUAAGAAACGAGAAGGAAAAAGAAAAUAAUAUGUGUGUGUGAAGAUCAAAAUCAGUGUCUUAAAGUGCAAAAGAGUAUAUAGCUUUGCACAGCCAUGCCGGUUCUAAUGCUUAUCGAUGCUUUGCACAUCGGAAAGAUUUAUCGGCUGUUUAUCCGAUUACCAAACAUCAAUCAAUAGAAAUCCGACGUUUAUUCUGAGUAUUUAAGACAGCAUCAAAGAUGAAUGGUUCAGUUCCUACAGUAAUACGUUCGCCGGGCAUUUGGUGGCUGAAUGUGAAUAGUUGUACCAUAUACAGUUGCUAUGCUGUAAAUUUGGAGUACAAUUUUAUUAUAGAAUAGAAAAUCUCACAUAGAGAAGUGACCGUUCAAACUAAGUUCACGCGACUAACAUUACAGAAUCCCUACAUUCUCGCUCCAUCUCUCCGACUUUUCAUCACUUUUCCACAUUUUACAUUUUGGAUUGCAGAUCGAUUAUACAGAUCGAUUGGCUUGCAAAAAUUGUCGGGACGAAUCUGCCCUUUUCCUUUUUAUUCUCCUCGUUUCGUUAUUCCCACUGUCCGUUCCCUGUCAAAAUUUGAAAAAUCCUCCUUUAUUGAAGUUGUAUUAGUAAUAAUUAUAACGUUACUUUUGCUAUUAUACGACUCGAUGAUGAUUACAAUAUGAUGAUGUUGAGAUAUAAAAUAAAUUGUGUAAAUAUAUA